AUGUCAAACGAUACUACUCGACGUCGAUCCCGCCGUCUGGCGGAUCAGCCACCAUCGCGCACACCAGAGCUCGCUCCUCCACGACGACGACGCAGAAUCGAACCAUCAGCCCCGCCAGCGUCAUUCUCGCAUCGAGACACGUCGAGCACUGAUGUCGGGAGUGAGUUUAUCCCUCCAACAGAGGAAGAAUCGGCGUCUCUUCCCCAAGUUCCUCCUCCACCUGGGCCAAGGCUUCGAGCACGCGCAGCUCUCCGAGAUGUACACAUUUUCGACAAUCAGACGCCCCCAGUUGAGAUCGGAGGACUUCACAUUACAAGGGGCAUUUCAAACCAGCUUCUCUAUGACAUGACACGGAUCCUCAUUGGGGAGGAUAUUCCUGUGGACUCUUGGCGUUUACAAGACCAAGCGCACCAGAGAGUACCGCAAGAUAAUAACCCGGUACUACCCGGAAAUUAUUACAUUAUCUCAAGUGGUGAGCAGAUUUUCGAAAUUCCUGAGCAGGGGGCGGGUGAUACUCAUAGGAUCUACCUAGUACCUAUCAGGGUCAUAGAAGAAGAUGCCCUCACGCGAACCGUGAGCAAAUUGCCAAUGUCGACAAGACACCAAGCCUUUAACGAUGCUGUCCGGCAACGCGACCAGGGAAGACACCCAAGAAGGCAUAUGGGACAGCUUUCAAGCGGCACAUGUUUCCCCCUGGCGUACUCGGGAAUCUGGAACUUGCUGGGAUUUAAUCGCCACAUCACCAUCCCCGGUCUGGCUGGAGACAAUAUCAACUCAGUUCAAAAUGGCAUUCUCCUGCGUGAUCACAUGCACACCCUUUUCGACACUUACGCAUUCUCGAUUUCAGUGAAGUACGGCUACAAAGUGAUCUGUUUCCGUCGCGAUAAAGAUAACAUCGCAGGGACUUACCUGAGUCCCUCCUUCAUCACGGACCCCAGACGAUCCCCGGACGAACUUCUCAACUGGCACUUUCGCCAGGCUGUGUUGACAAACAUGAAAGGGAUUGGAGAACCAUUCUUUGAGAAUGAUUUUCCGCCUGGAUCGGAUAUGGUGGGACAAAUCUUGAGGGGACCCAAGCCUAGAGAGCGGAUGGAAUUUGAGCUGUUUAUGCGGCUCUCACACUUGAUGGAUAACAACAGAAACGGCCAGGGAAACGUCGAGAGAGACGGACGGGAUUUCGAGGCGAAACGAUAA